GCGGUUAUUAAUUGACAACACCUCGUGUCGCUGUCAACAAGCAGCUGAUCGUUGCAAUUUUACAUACAACAUUUAUGUAAUUUUUGCUGGGAAACAUCUCUUUAGAGAUGUUCCGAAAAGUAGUGUUAGGAUCGGUCGGAGUCGCAGCCUUGAUUCCUGCCAUCGGUGCUGCAGCUCCGAUCAAGGAUGAGCCGAAGUCGUUGAACAAGCCGCCGCCAAUGAAGCCUUCCGAACUGCCGAUAUACGAAGCUCCUCACGCCGAUUACGCUGAGUUUGUCAGUACUAAGAAUAAAGAUGAGGGUCAUGGUUACAUUCGGGAGAUGCUGUUGACACCAGUCCGGGCUAUGCGUGAGCAGGUCCAGGUUGUGUUCGCCCACACAGAGCAUGUCAAACAUUCUGUGCAAGACCAGUACCAUGAAUUACAGGAUAAAAGUGACUGGAUAUUCAAAUACCUCAGAGAAGAGGAAAACAAAGAGGUCCGAUAUGGUGCUGUCGCCAUAGGUGGUCUCACUGGUUUCAUUUUCGGGUUAAGGGGAGGCUUUAUCAGGAGAGUGCUUUACGCGGGUGCAGGUACAACUGGUAUGGGUUUGGUGUGCUUCCCUGAUGAAACCAAGGAUGUAUUGAAAUCUAAUUCGUCAUUAGCCAAACAGUACAUUAACAUAGCCUACAACUUCUUCUAUGGAGUGAAACCCGGCGAUCCUCAGCUGGAGGUGAAAUUCCCAGAGUUGUCAUUCCCUAAAGACUUUUCGGAGUUUGUGGAUAUGACAGUGUCUUUGGCAUCGUCGGUCAAGCAGGCAGUAAUGCCUCCGCCAUCUAAAGAGGAGAUUAAAACACCAGAAAAGAAAGCAUAGAAAAUAUACCUCCAGAAGACACCAAUGAUCAUCCAGUAUCAGCGCCGUGAUAUGCAAAUAUCGGCAUCCAGAACCGAUUUUAGUGAAAUAUUAAAUUUUAUUUAUUGUUUGCUAGUCUGUUAAAGUGUAACGCAAUCGAUAUAUAAUUAAACGAACUUAUAUUUU